UAGAUGAUAGGGGAGACGAAUCGAGUGGUUUCUCUGGACAUUAUGGAAUGAUUACUUAGUGGGAGCAGUAACUCUCGCUGGUGGGAGCAAAAGCGCAUGAGACUUUAUGCUCAGACUAACUCAGCCGUUGUCAUCAGCAGUGUCGGUCCGACACGAGAAACGACAAGGUGUAAGACAGGUGAACGGAUUCUUUCCUUGCGACUAUGGGCGACGAACAUCAGCUGAAGACGAUUGAGUUGCGUGAACUGCAGCCGUUACUGAGGCGUACAUUUGACGAUCGCCUAAUUGUGGUGCGUUAUAUAACAAAGAACCUGCUACCGCCCGGCGAGAAUUACGGCAGCACCAUUCUGAGCGUUCACGCCAUCAUCAAACGCGACGACAAUGCGGACGAGGAGGAUCUUCACCUUGUGGCGAAGAUGUCACCGCCCACAAUUUAUCAGCGGAACAUCUUUGACAGUCCAUAUACUUUCAGAAAAGAGAUUUUCAUGUACGAGAACAUAAUACCUAACUACAAUCAAAUGGAGAGAGAGAGCGGUGUAAAGGAGAAUCAACUGUUCAACAUACUGCCCAAGUAUUAUCAGUCCCGGAUGUCGCUGGACCCGAAGGUCGAUUUUGACGACGACGCAGUUAUUUUAAUGGAGAAUUUAACGGCGCGUGGUUACUACAUCGGCGACAGGACCAAAGGCUACGACCUCGAGCAUUCGAAAGUCGCGAUACGCGCGAUGGCGAGGUUCCACGCAUUGGGCAUGGCGACCAAGGAGAAGAGACCGGAAUACUUCGAGGAGCUGAAAAAACGCGCUAAAUGCUUGGAGUUCGAUACUCGCGACUUCAAGGAAAUACAUAUGCAGAUACUGAACAAGAUGCAAGAGGAUCCGGUGAUAAACGUACAUAUCGAUCGAUGCACAGCGGUUUUGUCCACCGCGGUGGAUGAUACGAAUUCUCUGUUCACCGCCAUACCCGACGAGCCGUGGUCCAGCAUUAUUCACUCGGACUUUUGGGUGAACAACAUCAUGUUUCACCGUGACGAAGAAGGCCACGUGGAUGACAUUAAGUUCGUGGACUUUCAGAAUUAUCUGUUCCUCAGUCCGGUGCGCGAAAUGGUCUUCUACCUAUUCUCUAGCACGACGGAUGAGGUGCAGAGAAAUCAUGUAGAGGAACUGAUAGACCUCUAUCACGACACGCUGACGAGCGUGUUGGAACAUAUGGGUUGCGACACACGACCGUACUCAAGGAAAGAAUUCGAUGCUAAGUUGUCGAGUGAUGCCCAGCUCGAAUUCAUGCACUUAUGUUUCAUGCUCAAAGUUCUUACGCUGGACGCAAAGGAGACUGAGUUCAACUAUGAUAAGAUAAAAAAUGUCAUGCAUUCAUACUCGGGCAAUCAAGCAUUAUUACAACGAUUACGACAAAUUGUGUUGUAUUUUGUUGAACACGAUUGGAUCUAGGAUAAAACAGUAGAUAAUUCGUUCUCUGGUAUAUCAAACGCAUUAUCUCUAUUUGCUAUACAAAAAGGUGUUCCCUAUCGUAUAUUAUCGCUGAUGGUGCAUUCAUCUGUCGCGCGAUAAUGUGAUGUGUGUAUUAUAUAUAUUAUAUAUAUAUAUAUAUAUACAUGUAUGAAAUUUAUAGAACCGCGCUAAAAUGCGACGAUGAAUUACAUGAAAGAGGUGGACGUAUAAUUUUACAAACUCAAUAAUUAUGAGAAAGAAAAAAUAUUGUUUUCCUUUGACCAUGUGCUAUGUAUAAAUAUGUAUUUUUGCUAUGUACAUGUAUCUUAUAUAUUACAAACCUAAAUGCAGUCAUUUUUCGACGAAA